AUGGCAAGUCAAGGAAAAGAACCAGCAACGAAGGUUGCUCCAGGCUCUAACCCUCGAGGUAUUCCAUAUGCGCCGUUCGUCGACAAGGUUGAGGACUAUGUCUCAUCACGUGCCGACGUCGAGCCGACCCUCAGGAGCUUUCAGGAAAUGAUUGCGAAGUACCAGUUCAUGGAACAGAAUCUACAGAGGAGAGUGAUAGGGCUGAAAGAUAAGCUGCCGGAUAUUCAGAAGACUCUGGAUACGGUGCGCUUUCUGAAAAUGAGGCCGGCCGAGUCGGACCCGAUCGAGACGACUUUCGAGCUAAACGAGACGCUUUACGCGAAGGCUCAAAUACCGCCGACAGAUGAGGUCUACUUGUGGCUUGGGGCCAAUGUAAUGCUGUCAUAUCCUAUCGAUGAGGCCGAGACGCUGCUUGAAUCAAAGCUUCAGGCCGCGAAGCAGAGUCUGUCAAACUGCCUAGAGGACCUGGACUUCUUAAGGGAGCAAAUCACGACCAUGGAGGUGGCAGUCGCCAGGGUAUACAACUGGGAUGUGGUACAGAAACGCAAGGACAAAGAAGAGGAGGAUAAGCGCACAGGGAAGGGCGUUGAGAAACCUCCUUCAGGAGGUUGA